AUGGAAGAACUUCUAUUGAGUGGGAUCACUUUUUCCAGUGAAGUUGACCAGCUUUGUAGUUCAAGUGUCUGUAUAGGUUUGCAUGAUGAUUUUUGUCAAUGGAGCGCUUAUCCUCGCGAACAAUUGGAUUUUAAACUCAAUGACUCUGCCAGAUUUGAUGAGGCUGAUGACAUUUUCGUGCAUUCAUUACUUGAAGAGGAUGGAAGUGGAAUCCAUGCUCCUGGUUCAGUUAAUUUUUCACCAACAUCCAGCAAUGACAAUGUGAUGCCAUCCAAUCUUUCAAGGGAUCUAAUUUUAGAGUCUAAGACUGUUCAAGAACAUAUAGACAAUACGGGACACUCGAAGGAUCUAAAAGAAAAUGCUUUUUCUGUCUCACCAGACUGCAAGAAUGAAGCGUACAAUGAUCCCUUUUCGCUGGCAAAGGCAAUGGAGGUUGACAUCCCCUUCUCAUUGGAGCACAACGGUGAAGAUAAGCACGUCACAGAGGAGGAAACAUCCUCGGUGGAAUCUGUAUAUUUGGAGCUUAGAAGCUUGACUGUGCAGUUGACAGAGAAUACCAGAAUUUGCCUUCCUGAUGCCCUGUACCGCCUUGCGAAAAACUCAAAACUUGAAGAAACCAAUCAUAUUCAGGAUGGUAAUGAAGCACCGGACAACCUACAGUGA